ACAUAGUAACAUCUGACAAAAAUAUCUGAAGACACGGAAGCAGGAAACUUUGUGAAAAUUAAAACGUGUGUCAUUCUCAAAACGUUUGGCCACGACUGUAUAUAUAGACAUAACUGUGUAUGUUUACUGGCUAGGUUUUCUGAGUGAGAUCUGUCUGAGCAGUCCAGAGUCUAAAUCAGACAUUAGACUGUAUGGAGCCUGAGGGAGACCCUGGAGUCAUGAGUAGCAGGUGAGUCAGAGAGAGGGGGAGUCUGAUGUGGAAGGUGAUCAGAAUGGCUGUGUUUUUAUUGCCGUUUACCUUGCCUUCUAAGUGGUUGAGUGGACCUUAUCACAUGCCAGGAAAAUGUCGGGUUCCUCUGGUUGAGUGGACCUUAUCACAUGCCAGGAAAAUGCCCCCUACACCAUAACAGAGCCGCCAUAACCCUCAUUUACUCAAGUGUUUCCAUUAUUUUGGCAGUUUACUGUAUUUCACUGUUGAUGAAUGUGUUUAGUUUCAUCUGCUUUCACUUUAAGACAACACAGAAGAUGAUGUGAUGAUAUCACUACAGAUAACUAUAAUUUGUAUGAAUUGCAGAGCCAAGCGGGAGAGAAUGGAGUCUCCUGCUCCCAGCUGUCUCUCUAGGAAUAGUGCCAGGUCAAUGGAGCAACCAUAUGGUUUUAAAAGAGAACCUUUGACCCCUGAAUUGAGUGCCAGUCUGCUGACUGAGGAUCCGUUCAGAUGUUCUGUGUGUUCAGAGGUGCUGAGGGACCCGGUCUCCAUUCCCUGUGGACACAGUUACUGCAGGCAGUGCAUCAGCACAUACUGGGUCCAGCCCGGCCCUGCAGGAGACUAUGUGUGUCUCCAGUGCAGUAAGAGAUCCAGAGACCGGCCAGUGCUCUGCACUAACACAGCCUUGGCCAGGUUGCUCCAGAGGCUCCAGCAGGCAGGCUUCAGUCCUGCCCUCCCUGCUCUGGGCUAUGCUGGGCCUGGGGACGUGGCCUGUGAUAUCUGCUCUGGACAGAAGCUCAGAGCGGUGAAGUCCUGUCUGACCUGCACUGUCUCCUACUGUGAGAGCCACGUCAGGCAGCACUACACUGUCCCAGCACUGCAGAGACACACCCUGGCUGAUGUCACUGGAGACGGGGGACACAAAGGUCACCAAGGCAACACUGGACAGACAGAGAGGAUCAAAGAGGAGACUAUAGAGACUGAGGAGGAGGAGAGGGAAGGUGUCUCUAAAAAGAUGACAGAAGUUCAAGAGGAGGAAGAAGAUUCUGAUGAGGGACUUUCUGAUCUGAAGAAGAACCCUAAAACUAAAACUCUUGUCUCUGAAGUGAAGAACAUCUCUAAGUUCUGCUCAGACUUGCAGCAGGAGAACUCUAAUCUUAAACAUGUUGUUCGUGAACUCAGUAAAAAGAAUGCUGUGUUAAAACAAGAGGCAACAUUUGAGAAAGAACUGGUGGACAUCAGAACUGCUGCUUUGAAUAAGAUCACAGCUACUCUCAUCUCAGACCCACAGCAACAGAGAGAGACUGAGUAUGUGAGAAGAAACCUGAAGAAUAUGACCAUGGACUAUGUGGAUGUGACUCUUGAUCCUGAUACAGCACAUCCCAAACUCAUCCUGUCUGACGACAGGAAACAAGUUAGAUGUGGAGAUGUAUGGCAGGAUCUCCCUGACAACCCAGAGAGGUUUGAUAUCUCUGUCUGUGUCGUGGGAAAGGAGAGUUUCUCCUCAGGGAGAUUCUACUAUGAGGUGCAGGUGAAGGGGAAGACUGGCUGGUGUUUAGGAGUGGCCACGAAGUCCAUCAACCUGAAGGGGACGAUUUACCUGAAUCCUGAGGAUGGAUACUGGACUGUGAUGCUGAGGAAUGGACAGUACUGGGCUGGCGCUGUCCCCACUGUCCCCAUCUUCCUUAGAGAGGAGGUCCAGAAGGUGGGGGUGUUUGUGGAUUAUGAGGAAGGUCGGGUCUCCUUCUAUAAUGUGGAGGCCAGGUCUCAUAUCCACUCUUUUACUGGCUGUACCUUCACUGAGAAACUCUAUCCAUUCUUCAGCCCUGGUAAUAAUUACACUGGUCAAAACUCAACCCCACUGGUCAUCACUCCUGUAGAUGUCACUGACUGACUGGUUUAUACCAAACAUAGAAAUACUGUUAACAUAACUGAUAAUGUAAUAGUGACCAAAUAAUGUAAUAAUUCAUUGUAAUGUAAAACAUAUUAUAUAAAUCAGCAGAUAAUGUUUUAACUUUUUACAUUUAUAAUACAAUAACUUUUCCUGAUAAUGUAAUCAUUCAAUUACAGUUAUUAAUGCAGGACUAAGUUAUUUUGUGGAUAAGGUUAAAUAAAUGAAGUGUUAACAUAGUAAAUCCCAGUUUGCCAGUGCUGGUCAUCUUCCUCAUAAUGUAAUCCAAUAAGACCUACUUGUCCAUCUAUCUCUGUGGACCAUAUCCUCUUAGUGGACGAGAUCCACACUCUUCUUCCUGAUAUAACAUGACAUUAGGAAGAAUGAAAACAAACAGUCCGAUAAAUACAACAGGAAGCCCAGGUCUGUAUGAACUGUCAUAUGGUCACUAUCCCCUGAAGUUACAUUAUUACAUGACUUACUACAAUCAUUCAAUACUGUCCUGCAUGAUUAUGUUUCUUACUAUAUUUUAGUUGAAUACUUUUUUGGGGCUGUUGAACUAGAAGGAGAGCUUGCAAGGAAUCAUUUCAUUGCACUCUGUACACUAUGCUGUAUCCUGUGCAUAUGACAGUAAACGUUGAUUUGAAUGGAGCAGUCAGUACAGCAUCAGUAACGUACAGGUAACUGCCAAAAUGAAAGAAUCACCAACAUAAAGUGAUUUAGUAGGGCCUUGUGCCACCACGAGCCAGAACAGCUUCAAUGCAUCUUGGCAUAGAUUCUAAGUGUCUGAAACUCUACUGGAGGGAUGUGACAUCAUUCUUCCACAAGAAAUUCCAUCAUUUUAUGUUUUAUUGGUGGUGAUGAGAAACGCUGUCUCAGGUGCUGCUCCAGAAUCUCUCAUUAGUGUUCAAUUGUGUUGAGAUCUGGUGACUGAGACGGCCAUGGCAUCUGGUUUACAUCAUUUUCAUGCUCACCAAACCAUUCAGUGACCAAACCAUUCAGUGACCACUCGUGCUCUGUGGAUGGGGGCAUUGUCAUCCUAUGGGUCAUAGCCAUGGUAGCCAAAAUAAUGUCCCGCCCAGCAUUUUUAUACAUGACCCUAAGCAUGAUGGGCUGUUAAUUGCUUAAUUAACGCAGGAACCUCACCUGUGUGGACGUACAGUACCUGCUUUCAAUAUUCUUUGUAUCCCACAUUUACUCAGUUGUUUCCAUUAUUUUGUCAGUUACCUGCAGUGCUUGACUUGUGCAGGAGUUCACCUGAGCUGAGUACCGGCACCUCAAAUGUUCUACUUGAGCUCCUGUACCUCUUAUAGAAUAUUAGCUCCAAAGUAUUGUGGAGUUCCUGGACCUAAAUAUAAACAGUACCGGCACCUAUUUCAGUCCAAGUCAAGGUUUUCUAUGUCAAUGUACAGCCACAAGAUGGUGGUGUUUCCCUACAGUCCAUUAAGUGCAAUAAUGUGCUUAAUGCUUACCGGAGCAACAUUGUAGUAAUGUUAUUAUGUAGCUUUGAGAAUGCAGAUGAGGAUAACAUUUCACAUCCUCAAGUCAGCCUUCAAUUAAAACCCUUAUUGGAAGAGUGUUUUUCAAGCAAGAUUUAAGCGAUUGCCAUUUGGUUUCUGCACACACACACACCUAGAACCAGUUGGGUUCAUGCUGGACUUAGCAGGCUGGGCUGUUAGCAUCAUUGAUUAGCCACCUAGAGUUUUCUUAUCUUAGAAUCAUCACAGUGCAUCGAUCUCCAGCCUCCAGAGAGAGAUCAGACUUCACUCAGAUAGACACUGUUAAUGUGACUGAGGAACGACUGAGUAGAGGUGGAUGGAAGCUGAUGGGAGGGUUACCUACUCAACCACCACAUUCAUAGUGUGCUGUCUAAAGGAGGAUGUAUUAUAUUGGAGAGAGAGGUCUGGUUUUGAUGUUGAUAUUUACACUUGUAAACUGAAUAUGCCUUUCCUAAUAAAGUUGUUUUGAAUUUAA